CGCAAAGUACGCAAAUUUUGGAUAAUUUUAAUAGAAGAAGCAGAGACACCCAUUAAACUGUGAAAACGGAUAAAUAAAUGACGAAAAAUAUUAUACACACAAAAUUGGCUCCCAUGUACUUAGCAAUAGGCCUAAUCGAAUUAACGGUUAAACUUUUUGGAAAAGAGAGAGGUUGAGAGAAUGUAGCGCAGUAGGGCCAGAAGCUUUUCAUCUCUCUUACCCUUUCUUCAGGCCUAACAGGAAGUCUUACUAAGGUAAAAAAGGAAAAAAAAAGACACAAGGUUAGAUAAAACUAUAAAUAAAAGCAAUCUUUAAUUCUUCCCGGUGAUAAUGACGUCACAUGAAAGAGCAAGCGGUUCAGGAUAGCACUAUAUGGCAACUACAAAGAAGUCGAGGCCUUGAUAUACUAUAGACUCUCCUUUUGUUUAUCCCUAGUGACAGUAGUCGUUCAUAACCCAUUGUGAGUAGACCUGUCUGUGAGUUUUGUGUGAAUCCGAAGCCAGUCGCAGGAUUCAGUGUAAAAUCUUUCUGAGCGGAAUAGAAUUCGCGACAAAGAUGAUUCUCGAAAUCAUACUCUUCCUCUCCCUCGUUCUCAUCCUUCGCCAUUGGCUCAAGAGACCCAAGGGAUUGCCUCCAGGUCCUCUUGGGUAUCCGAUUAUUGGCACCAUCAUAGCCUCUAACUUGGAGCAAAUCGUGGACUACAGGAAGAAAUAUGGCGACGUAUUCAUGUUAAACUUCUUCGGAAUGAAGUUCCUCUACAUCUGCGACUACAAACUGAUGAAGGACGCCCUGGGAAGCCCCGAGUUCUCGGACCGCCCCAGUUACGAAGUUUUCCAUUUUCUGACGGACGGGAAGGAAGCAGGCGUGAUCAUGAGCAACGGUCAAAGGUGGGUCAACGCCCGGCGGUUCCUUCUCCGGAACCUGAGAGAUUUAGGCAUGGGCAAAUCGAGCCUGGACGAAGCCAUCAUCCACGAAGCCCACUGCCUGGUCAAGGACUUCCAGCAAUAUGCUGGAAAACCUUCCAAGUUUCCAGAGUCUCUGAAUAUUGCUGUUCUGAACGUCGUCUGGCAAAUGGUUGCAAGUCGAAGGUACGACCUAUACGACGAAGAGGUCAACAAUUUCAUCAAGAUCAUGAGAACUCUCCAGGACGACCCUAGGGCACUUUUGGCCUUCUUUGUUUGCCCAGCUUUGGAGAAGGUUUUCCCAAAAAUUGUCGUCGACAAAGUCUUCAAAAUGGAAGCUCUUCAGAAGACUGCGGUUGCUGCGAAAAACCUGUUUGGGAAAACAAUAGAGACUAGGAAGGCCCAGUUGGAUGUCAACCACCCAGAAAACGUCAUCGACGAGUACCUCAUUCAGAUGAACAACAAAACCGAAAUUGCCGAGUUCUUCACUGAGGUCGACCUGAUGAAGGUCAUCUUCGAUCUUUUUGCUGCCGGUUUUGACACGACCUCCAACAUGCUCAGAUGGAUAAUACUCUAUGCAGCCAAGUACCCAGAUGUCCAGAAGAGAGUUCAGGAGCAAAUUGAUGAAGUGGUUCCUCGUGGGGAGUUUCCUACCAACCAACACAAGUCACAGUUACCGUUGCUGGAGGCUUUCAUCCAUGAGGUCCUUCGAAUGAGUUCCCUCAUACCCUUUGGAGUCAUGCACGCCCCUACUGAAGAUACGCACCUAGCAGGAUACCUUGUGCCAAAGGGCACGGCCGUCUUCAGUAUGGUUGGCAUUGCGCACCAGGAUCCACGGUACUGGGAGAGUCCUCAGGAGUUUAGGAUUGAAAGGUUCCUGGACAAUGAAGGAAAAUUCAUUUCCCACAAGGAAGGAUUCACUCCAUUUUCACUAGGCAAAAGGAGCUGCUUGGGAGAAUCUCUGGCCAGGAUGGAAAUGAGCAUCUUCUCAGCCGCGCUGUUCCAGAACUUCACUUUCUCGCCGCCAGAGGGGGAGGAGGAAGUGGAUCUCGCCCCGCGAAAAUUACCCAUGUCGCAUGUGGCGAAGGACCAGGACAUUCUCAUAUCCGUCAGGAACUGAGACCUUCAGCUGAAAACCAUGAUGGACAGAGACAACCGAUAGAUCCGAGAGGGAUCCCAAGGGAAAUCAGCCUGCUGAGAGAGACAAGUCAUAGGAAAACAUGAUAAAUAAAUGAUAUAGAAAAUAAAA